GAAGAGUUUUCGCCAAUAUCACAUCGCCAUUUAGUCGUUAGAUAACCGUUGUAGUUAUCAGUUUAGGAUACAGUCUUGCAGUUUGAAGCUUUUAUUUAAAUAUAUUCUAAAUAUUACGGCAGCCUAACUGAUAUGUCUGAUAACAACAUAGCUGUCCUCCCCUAAAAUCAUAGUAAAGUAACUUGUCGCUUGAUUGACGGGUCCAUAUUUUUUGUAGGAUUUUAAGUCCUACUGGAGAAAGGACUGUAAAAGAAACACGAUCAGCGAAAAAUAAACGUGGAUGAAAGUGUAAUAUCAAGAAAGACUGUCGGGAGCUUCCGACGGGGUGCAAGUGUGAAAAAUAAGAAAUAACUAAAGAAGAGACAGGAGUUGUGUCAUUUGCAUAUAUUUUUAAAUAAGUCAUUAUUUUGUCUGAGCAUUUUUGUUGACUUAGGGACGUGAACAAGUGACGCCAUGACGACCGAGAUGCAGGACAUCGCCAUUACGGAGGAGAAGCCUUUACUUCCGGGUCAGCCCAAUCCUGCAAAGGAUGCUGAGGCUGCAGCUCGAAUACUGUUGGACCAGGGCCAGGAACACAGUAUUGAGACACCUCAUGGUCUCCUCCACGUGACUCUCCAUGGAACCUCCAACACACGCCGUCCCGCCAUCCUCACCUUCCACGAUGUGGGCCUGGACAGUAAAAGCUGCUUCUCUCCUCUGUUUAAAUUUGAGGAGAUGCAGGAGAUAGUGAAAAACUUCACUCUGGUCCACAUUGAUGCUCCUGGCCAAGAUGAGGGGGCUGCCACCUAUCCUAUGGGAUACCAGUAUCCGUCCAUGGAGCAAAUUGCAGAGAUGAUCCCUGCAGUCCUGACAUAUUUCAAUUUCCGUACUGUCAUCGGAGUUGGAGUGGGAGCUGGGGCUUACAUUCUCUCCAGGUUCACAAUGGCCCACCCAGACUCAGUUGAAGGUCUCGUUCUCAUCAACAUUGACCCUCAGGCUAGAGGGUGGAUGGACUGGGCUGCCCAGAAGAUCACUACCCUGACAUCCUCCCUCACAGAGCAGAUCUUGAGUCAUCUCUUCAGUCAGGAAGAGAUGUCAGCUAACGCAGACCUGGUGAAAUCACACAGAGAUCGCAUCUCUAAAGCCCCCAACCUCAUCAACAUCGAGCUUUUCUGGAGGGGCUACAACAGCCGUAGGGAUCUGAUCAUUGACCGUACCAGCAACUUCAAGUGUCCUGUGAUGCUGGUGGUCGGGGAUCAGGCACCUUAUGAGGAGGCUGCUGUGGAGUGCAACAGCAAACUGGACCCAACAACAACCUCAUUCCUCAAGAUGGCAGAUGCUGGCGGUCUUCCCCAGCUUACCCAGCCCAGCAAAUUGACCGAGGCUUUCAAGUACUUCAUUCAGGGGAUGGGCUACAUGGCAUCGUCCGUCAUGACCCGUCUGUCUCGUUCGCGCACCACCUCGCUGUCUUCCUCUUACUCCAUGGAGGGGGAGCGCGAGCGUUCUCGUACCCUGUCUCAGAGCUCUCAGGGUGGGCAGAUGCCCCCCAGCCCCUCCCAUACUAUGGAGGUGUCCUGCUGAAGAGAGAUGAAGAGAGCUAGAGAGACAGAGAAUGAGAGUGUGUGAGAGAGAGAGAGAGAGAGGGGGGGAUGGCGAAUGGAAUGGAGAAAGAGGGGAUGAAGAAAGGAAUGGAGAGAGAGAGAGGGAUGGGUAGAGGACAGAGGACCAGCUGAGAGAGAGAGAGGUUUUAUGGGAACGUGGAUGUAAAGGCGAGGUAGAGGGACAGAGGGAGAAUGAAAGACAGUUACUUAAACACUGUCAUCUAUUAAUCUCCUCACCCAGACAGCGAAAGAUAAGAGGGAAUGGAUAAAUGAAAAAAAGCGAAUGGAAGAAAGGAAGUAUUUAGGAACAAGGGAGGGAAUAUAAGGAAAAGGGUAGCAAGGAAAGGGCGUUUUAGGGGCGUCGGCAGUCCUCUCUCUCCCCCUCUAUCGGAACAUCUGUCAGCCAAUAGAGCCUAUUAACCUAGAGAGUGGAAGUGACCUGUAGUGAUCUCACCUUAGUGUUCACCAGUAGUAAUAAUUAUGAUAAUGAGAAAGAUUAUGAUGAUAUUAACACUAUUAAUAAUGACAAUGACAAUAAUGUCAUAGUAAUAUUAUUUAAAAAAUGAUCUUUAUUUUUAAAGUAUGAGAUACAAGGGAAAAAAGACUAUAGCAGAAAUACUUAUAAUGAAAAUGUGUGUCUGUCAACUCCUUUAAUAAAAGAUGUUUGGUCUUUUUAAUUUUUUCUUUUUGUGACCUGCCUCAGUGAAGGGUUGAAGUUUCUCAUUGGUCACUUGAUCCUUAACCAUAGCAACGGCCAGUGAGAAUCUACUUCCUCCUCGCUGUUCCAGGGUAGAUAAUUUCUUCCAUUGGCCCUGUUUAAAAGUGUAUCUGAUUUCAGCUCAUGUGAAAAUAGAUGUUUCCUUUUUCUUUUAUAUGUGAAGAUGAGUUUGUUGGUACGUGUGUGUUUGUUAUGUAGCUGAUGAGGAAUAGCAGAUGAUGAUAAUGAAGAUGGGGAUGGAUGAUGAAGAGUGACAUUGUAAGAGUGAGUGAACUCCCAUGCCGGUAUAUCAGUAACUGUAAAUCAGACUGUAAAUCAGUGCUUCCAAUGCUGAUGGCAGUUUCAGACUUGACCAUCGACAAGGUGAAAAAUCUGUCGAUGUGCCCUGGAGGUAGGCACUUAACCCUAAUUUGCUCCAGAGGCGCUGUACUACUAUGGCUGUCCCUGUAAAAAAUAACAUCUUCGGGGGUCACUGUGCUAUGGGGUUUAUGAUGACUUACUUUUACCUGCAUACAUAGACUACUAACAUACUUGAGUCUUUAUCAAAGAGAGAAGCUAGAUAAUACCUUCUCGGACAUGUUUUGUGAUCGCUAGAUGUAGGCAUUGAAUAGCCCUAGAGUGAUGCACUGAUCAUGACUGACAGCUGAAAGCACCAAUAGCAUGUCUGUGUGUCAGAUUGACAGCCGAGAGAACCAAUAGCAUGUCUGAAGUUGGAGCUAUGUAGGAGCUAAUGUUCCAGAAGAUGUGAGCUGGAAUUAAUGCUAUCUGUAAUUCUGUCAUGCAGUGGAAGGUACAGGAUAGUGUCUGUGAACAAGGCAUUAUUUAGGUUGUGUGUGUGUGUGUGUGUGUGUGUGUGUGUUUUGUUUAUGUGCAAGUGUGUGUGUAUUUGAAAGCUCUCAUACCUUCUAAGCACAAUUUAAGAGGAGAGGUGAGGAAAGGAGAGUCCACGCCCAUUGGACCUUCUUAUGAUCUGACAAUGAACCAGCCCCUACACUGCCAACAGGGAAGAGCCAACUACUACACCCUAAACCUAGAAGCCUGACUGUCCACACUGAUUUUACAUUUUAGUCAUUUAGCAGACGCUCUUAUCCAGAGCAAUUAGGGUUAAGUGCCUUGCUUAAGGGCACAAUAACAGAUUUUCAGCUAGCCAGCUACAGGGUUCAAACCAGCAACCUUUCGGUUGGCCCAACGCUGGCCCAACGCUCGUAACCACUAGGCUACCUGCCGUCCAGCAGUUAUACUAUAGGAACUGUUCCCUGUGUGUACGAAUUUGGGGUGGCAGGUAGCCUAGUGGUUAGAGCGUUGGGCCAGUAACCGAAAGGUUGCUAGAUUGAAUCCCUGAGCUGACAAGGUAUAAAUCUGUCUUUCUAACCCUGAGAAAGACAGUUAACCCACUGUUCCUAGGCCAUCAUUGUAAAUAAGAAUUUGUUCUUAACUGACUAGCCAAGUUAAAUAAAGGUUAAAUAAAUAAAUCACAGUUAGAACUGAAGUGUUAUAGACUCAAAAUCUAAGCUCAUAACUGUUUUCCAGGAAUGUAAUAAUUCCUAUAACAUUCAGCAAAACGGAACUUUAAAUUGCCAGUAGGAUUUAUUUAUAGUAACACCUAAAAGACUAAAAGUAUCGCGACAGCAGCACAUCCAUGUGGAGCUCAACACUGCCCUGAACCGAAUCAAUGAACACACUGUUAAAGGACCCGAUUAAAACAGAACACACUUGGAGAGCUGGGUGUAUGUUUUUGAAUAUGUGUGUGUGUGUGAGAGUGUGUAUUUUUGGUUUCUGUAGUUGCGUAUGUGGCAUUUUAUCACUUUGAACUUUACAAACCUGUUUGGGGUUUGCUUGUUUCUUUCCUAUUCUCUUCAGAGCUCCUCCCCAUACAUCACUUUGUUGUAGUAGAGCGGGUUGGAUGGUUGAUGAUAUUGAAGAAUCUGUGGUUAAGUCGGUUGAGAAGGUGUAUUUUGAUGAUGGUGGUGGUGGUGAUAUUUCUAGAUAAUAACAGGAAUGUUAUAUUGAUAAUGAGAAGGGUGAUGAAGACUGAAGAACAGAAGGAAUGAUAAGGCUCCUCCCAGUCUUGCAUGGGAGCCUCUACCAAAAAAAUGAAAACGGAUGAAGCUUAAUAGUUUACCAAGAAAAGGGGGCGGAACUGGGCUAGGGCUGUGUAAAUGUACACUUGUCCAUUUCUUUUGUGUUUAUUCUUGUUUUACCUUCGAUUAUAUUCUUUUUCCACCUUUAUUCUGGGCAAUUUUGAUUUACUACGUGAAUUGUUAGUUUACCGUCCCAGUUAGCUCAAAGGUUAGACAAUAGUGUGUUAGUUCCUGUGUAACUUUUUUAGCAUUAGCACAAAAAAGGAAGAAUAAUACCAAUAAUUAACAUAAAAAAGUUCAAGAAUAACAAAAUACAAUCAAAUGUACUUGUGUGGCUAAUUUGUCUGUAUAAUACAAUGAACAACCUAAAAAAUGCAAUAAUAUUAAAAGAAGAAAAAAUAAUAAA